AUGUCGUCGUCACCAGAACCACGUUCAUCUUGCUCUAAGAGUAUUCAAGAAACCCCAGAAGUUAUGUCAAAUUACGCAGAAUCGGUUAUAGACGAUUACGACGUCUUCGAUCCUGAAGAACUGGGUAAUGAACAAAUGUUCGAGAAGCCACGUGGAGAAAAGCGAUGGCUUGGAAGAGAACGCCACCGUGGAAAAGAACGACUUCAUAAUUCAAUGAAGAACAGGACAUUCAUUGAGAAAACUGUCAAAUCGGAUGAGCCGUUAAGCAAGAACGCCAUCAAAAAAGUCAAUGAGACAACAAACGACCAUCUAGAACUCAAUGUCAUUUACUCUCUUGAUAAGAAGAAAAGAUGGCAAACGGCCGAUACAAUUUUCCUUUUGGGAGCAACUCCUGAGUGUGUAAACGCAGAAGUUGUUGAGAGAAAUGCAUUGGAAACAUGUGGAUACGUUCAUUCUGACAAAUCCACGUUCGCUGUUCAUUCAAAACAAAUAAAUCUGAAUAAGGAAGCAGGAGAAUUUGAAGUCAGAAGUGCUACGUCAUCUGGAAAAGGACAGAAUUAUUCCAACUUCUCGCCCAAAACAAGAGAAUUCAGUAAGAAGGCAAAUGCUAGAAUAAUGGAUAUACAAAUGGAAGACCCUGUUCUGGAAAAAGAAACUGAACCCCAACCAACUGUUUCAUAUAAUAUUUACAAAACUCAUCCAAGUCGAGAAGUUGUCGGAAGUCAAAUGUUCAAAUCAAAAGUUGUAUCAAAAUCAGGACGUCAUCGAGCAAAUCAGAAGUUGGAACUCGAAGAUUAUGAUGAUGAUAAUGAGUUUGACGAAGAUGAAGACGAAACAGAGGGAUACUUUGAGAAAACCCCCCCACAGUCUGUAAUGGAUCUUUCUAGUUAUAUCACUGAAAAUCGUGAUAAAAAAUCAAGGAAACAUGGACGAAAGGACAGUGAAAUAUCUAAUGGCGUCAAUGAAUUUCUGGAACCUGAGCCUGGAUACAACAACCUUCUGAAUAUUCCAGAAUAUCUCCGUGAUGAAGGUUAUAUGUUUGAAGAGUUUGAAAUUACUUUUUCCAAUCAGGAAGGAACUUUUGAACAUCAAAUAGACGAACUUCGUAAAGAAAACAAACUGAUUGUCAAGGACUUAAGACCGACUCAGUAUCUGGUUGAUGUAUCCGAGUGGUGUCAAUUAGACGGCGAAGUUAAAGAUGGAGAAAUUACUACAGUGAUUGUCAUCACCCAUCUCAAGAAAAAGACAUACAAUUUUCUCAUAAACUCUACCAUACCAAUCAGCCCGGCAGAUAAAAAUCUUGAGAACUUGAUAAAGAGGCUAUCUUAUGUGAAGACGUUCAAGGAAGCUGUUUCGAAAAUAACAUCCGAUAUUCUCACUAAUCGUAGAACCGUUGACACGAUGAGAAUGUCUUCUAUGUUUUACGUAAGAAAAAAUGUUUCUGAUCUACUCCAAGACCCCGGAGAAUGGGAAAACCAACUGGUCAACCUGAAAUGGCCUAACCAGCAUUAUAAUGCCACGUGGGCAAACUCGGAAGAGUUGAGUCAAGUGGGUGGAAAAUUAGAAUGGAAUGACUUGUGUGCGAUGAUCAAGAAAGAAAACCUAUUGAAAACUGGAUAUACUUCGGAUGAUAGAUGUGAACUGUGCCAUCAAAGAAAACGAUCUCAUGAGUUAUUUUUCGUGGAUGAAGAAAAUAAAUUGAAAUGUACGGAGUGUCUUCGAGAGGAAUUCUACAGAGAACUCAGAGCAAGAAGACUUCCGAUCGAUCUGAAAACGGAUACAGCUGAUGAGUUAGAGUAUCUUCCAACAUUUAUUCCGCUUACUAUUUUGAACUUAUAUGUCAGAAUGGUCUCAGAAACCAUGUACAAAGAUCUCGGAGCAACUGGUGAUUUCGAAAAGUGUCCAUCUUGCAAAUCUGCAGUAUUUUUCAAAGAAGUCGCCUCUGGAAACGAGAAGAAGUCUCAAAAUCGUUCGUGCCCUUGCGGAUAUUCAUGGUGUAAACAGUGUGACAGAGUACCUCAUUGGCCAAUGAAAUGUGGAGAAUAUGCUGAAUGGGAAGAGAAAUGGCUGUUGAGAUACGCAAUGAGACAUGCUCAAGGAACUGGAACUGAUACUCUACUCCAAGUGACUUGCUCGUGUGCCAAGGAAGUCUAUCAUGUCCUUCUUCCAGAGGAAUUUAUCGAAUGUCCAGGAUGCAAAACAAAUGUGAAUAUGAAUACAAUGAGAACUGUCUGGAAACAUUAUUACUAUCCAUUUGAUCCCAUUCUUCGAAAAUAUAUCAAGAAAGGAUACUAUGUGAUUGGAGAAGAUUACAAAAAGAGUCCCUACGUGCCCCGAGCAAAAGUGUAUACUGAAAUUGUGAAGAUCCCUGGAAUCAGAGCUUCUGUAAUUGAAAUAUGUGGAGCUGCAAGAGACAUUCGAUAUGAUAUUCAUUGCCGAAAUCGAGCAGUCAAUCGGGAACAUACUCUUAUUCGGAAGAAAGUAAUGGAUAGAGAAGUCGUGGAGAAUCUAUUGGGAACAUCAGUCUACUUGGUUGAGAAUGUAACCGCCUGGAUGUAUAUUAGUAGCCAAUAUGAUAGAAAUGUAAAGAAAACUUUGGAAAAUGUUAUGGAGAAUCGAAAGAAUUUGUUAUCAUCGUUGGAAGGGGAAGAUUCUGAAGCUAUCUCUGAAUGCAUCAACAAAUUGAGAAAGGAUACCAACCACGUUGUGACUGCAGUGGAGAAAAAGAUCUCUGUAGCUCAAGAUCUCUAA